AUGGCGUGGCGGCUGUGCUUCCGCGAGACCCUCUGCGGCCAGCCAGACCCCAUGGCUACCCCCUGCGUUAUCUCUGACGACUCUGAUCCGGAAGCUGCUACCACCGCGAUUUCCCGGACUGGUCUCUCGGCCGAUUGUCCCAGCCUGCGCCGCGACAACUCUGCUACCAGUCACGCCCGCGGCAAGCACACAACAUCUCUUCAUCUCGAGAAUGCCAUCCAACCGAUACGAAAGAAGGGACUCAUUGAGCUGCUGCCGCCCCUUCCAGCACAGAACGCCCAGUCUGCGGUCGAGCAGACGCCCAGAACUUCCUCUACAGAAGCCGCUUCAGUACGCUGCUUCGUCGCAAGCUCUGCAGCUGGGUCCAAAGCCAUUGCAUCUACUGAAUUGAGUGGGCAUGCCGUCAUCCGUGGUUUCGAACCCGGCCACAUCUCCACAUCAGUACGGCGCAGCACUGGUUUGAACCUCGCUCCCAUCUUCAAGAAGACCUCUAUCCGCGUCACCAAGCCUCUCUCCGCCAACGCCGGCGCCAGCAAGAAGACACAGCCCGUGUUCACUCUCGGCGAAGUUAGCACACACACUUUCUACGGCGUCCUCGACAGAAGCAAGGCUGCCACUGGGAGCGACAACAAAGAGAGCGGCAUCGACGAGAGCGCCAUCAAGAAAGAAGACUCUGAUGAGGCGUGGGAAGACGAUGACGACAACGAGGAGAGCGGUCUGCUCACUGUUCCUGAGCCCCUCUCCCAGUUCUCGCGUGUCGAAUCACAGACCAGUCUUGCCUCACGCCGCUCUCUUAUCACAACUGCCCUCCAUCAGGAUGACCAUGCAUCGGCUCUGCAGGAUGCCACGUCGCAGUUAUCAACUACCACUGGAGAACCGUACACCCUUACUCCCAACGGCCUUUCUGCCAACAGUUCUCCUCACGAAGACAUUAGCUUGAUGAUGCGUGAGCAAGCUUCUCGCCCAAAGCCCAUCGCCAUGGCCACCUCCGACGUCCACCCAUCACCAUGUCCCCCAAGACAGCUAGACGCAGCAUGCUUACCAGUGAGUUGGCUGGGAGCUUGA